CUUGAAGACCAAUAUCCCAGAUGCUGGCCCAAGUUCACAUCCUCAAGGCCACCCUUUUCCACCUGAGGCCCUCCAGGCCAGCCACCAGAAACGGGGGGUUCCACCUGCCCACCCCAGGCACAGCCAAGACCUCAGAAUGACAGAGAGAUCAGAGCUUCUAAAGGAUUCACUGCCCACGGAGAGGAGGUCCACGUGGCGGACCGCGGAGGAGAGGCGGAUGUCCGACCUCACGCGGGUGCUGGAGUGGCUGCAACGCAGGCAGGGGAAGAAAAAGCAGGCUUUCCAGAAAUCCAAGUUGGCGGUGCCCCCUAAAACAACGGGGAAGGAAGAAAAGAAAGGCCACAGCAUCCCGAAACCCCAGAAAGGGAACCGCCAAGUAGCCUUCUCCGAGAAGAAGAUCCCCGAGCAAGGCCCCAAGAAGGACAAGGACCAAAAAGUCUAUGGCAUGGACCCCAAGGGAAGACGCCUCAGCAUGGUCCCUGGCAGCUACUCAAGGGACAACCCCCGGAAAUCCGAAAUAGAGAUCAAGGACACCUUCACCCUGGAGCCCACUCAGCGGCCCAUGCCAUACCAUCGACAGAGCAUCCUGGACCCCGUGCUGCAGGACCCUGUCUUUAACACUCGGAGGUCAACGAUCUUGAGAGACUGGGUGGUGAGCAGGAUGCCCGAGGUCUCCUAUGAGCGCAAGCUGAAGAGCCUCAUGGAGAAGGGCACCGAGCCCAAGGUGGAGAUGGUGAAAAUGCUGAAGCCGGAGGAGGUGCUGAGCUGCCGAUACCUGAGGUUGUCCAAAAACAACAUUCGAACCUUGCUCAAGCUGUGCAAGGAUGCAGGCAUGAACGUGGACAUCCACCCCCACAUGGUCGAAGGGGAGAUAGACGCGAAAAAGGUGUUCGCGCAAAUCCCCAGCGUGGCCCUCUAGGCAGCUCCUUCUCCAGGCGGCCGCAGCCUCCUCUGCUGUUGGAUCUCUGUCCCCCCAGGUGACAUCCCCUGGCACCCCAUGCCAUCUGACCUGGUGCAUCCCUUUUAGACCGUAGUGAUCAGAAAACAAGGCUAGACUGCAUGAA